UGUUCCAAGAUUCAUGGUUCGUGGACAAGACAACCAAACAAAGACGCACUUGGCUGAAACAAAAAAACAGAAAGCUUAUGUGGUGUGAGGCUUGCAGAAAAUAUAACAAGAGUGGCAAAAAGAAUGCCUUCAUUACAGGGACAACUUCCAUGAGAUUAAAAGUGAUAGAGUCUCAUGAAAAAUCACCAGGUCACGUCAGUGCUAUGAACCGUUUUGACAUGGAAAGGGUGCCAAUUCAAGAAAGACCCAUGGAAAAGGUGGUGCAGAAGAUGGAAGAAAAGAAGUUACAGCAGAUGAUAAAUCUCUUCCGAACUGCAUUCUAUGUGGCCAAGCAAGGCAGACCGUACACAGACUUCCCGGAGCUACUAAGAUUGCAAAAAUGUAAUGGGCUGGAUGUUGGAACCGCUUACUGGAAUGACAAGGAAGCGCGUAUAUUUGUGGACUACAUCUCCCUUGGAAUGAAGAAGGAGUUACGCUCCAGUCUGCAGGAAUCGGACUUCGUCGCUGUCCUAGCAGAUGGAAGCAGUGAUGCGGGUAAUAUCGAAGAGGAGGUUAUCCAAAUCAGGUACCUCAAGGACAACAUCGAGCCAACCACUGCUUUUGUUGCCCUGAAGUCUCUGGAAAGAGGGGAUGCUGUGAACAUAACUGACGCUGUCAAAUCAGCCCUCAAGGAAGAUCUGGAGAUGGGGGAGGAGUGGAAAAACAAGCUAGCUUUUGCCUGCUUUGACGGGGCCGCAGUCAAUGUUGGCCAUCUCAGCGGUGUUGGUGUGAGAUUGCAGGAAGAAUGUCCCCACUUGAUUGUGCUCCACUGCUGUGCGCACAGACUAGAAUUAGUUGUGAAAGAUGUAUUGAAAGAAGUGCCAUACUUUGCUGCAGUGCAAGAUUUAUUCACUACAAUAUACAAGUUCUAUCACAACUCAGCUCUCAAUUGGCAAGGCCUUCGAAAUGCUGGUGAAGCCCUAGACAUACUGGUGCUAAAACCAGUUAGAGCAAGUGGUACGAGAUGGCUGCCCCACCAAGAGCGUGCUCUCAAGGCUGUCAUGAGAGACUUCCCAGCUCUUGUUCAACAUCUUGGCCACCUUGUGGAACAUGGAGAAGUUGGCAGCAAGGACAGCAGGGAAAAAGCGAAUGGGAUUCUACAAGGUGUGAAGUCUAUCAAGUUUGUAUUGUUCCUUUUGUUCCUGUCACAAUACCUACAGCUCAUGUCAUCCCUGUCAAAAGUUUUCCAGGACAACAGCAGUACGCUGGAAACAGUGUAUAGAAGAGUUGAAAAUGUUGUCAAAACAUUGAACAAACUGUCCCGACCAGAGAAAUUGUCCAGGAUCUUCUCUGAAGGCAUGGAAGAAAGAGACGGGGUUGUGCUGUGGAAGGGAAUCCCACUGCAGGCAGGCAGACCACAACGUGGACGACCUGGAGGUCUUGCUUCACAGAGGGAAGAAGUGAUGAAGGACUGUCAACAGAUUAUCAAUGCAACAUCACAUCAUCUUGGUCGUAGGUUUGACGUCUUGCUGAGUCACAGGGUGUUCAGUGCAGCCAGAAGGGUUUUCCAGUUUUCAACUUGGCCACAGGAUGAUGAUGAUGACCCAGAUGAUGACUUUGGAGACGAUGACAUUAGGACCAUCUAUCAGCACUUUCAACAUCCAGUUGAACUGAAAGGCGUUGACCUUGAGAGCUGCUUAAGGGAGUGGAGCGAGUUAAAAGAGGUUUGCAGGAACCAGCUGUCACAAGCAAGAAGAGCUCCCAGUUUCAGUGAGUUUUGGAUGCGCUUCAUGAGAAGAGAGGAGGCAGACAGUGAUUACAGGAACAUCUUCACUCUGCUGAGGCUUUCCCUUGUCAUUCCUAUUCAUACGGCGCAGUGCGAGAGAUCAUUUUCUCUCAUGAACAGAAUCAAAACUGACUGGCGUGCCCGACUGGAAUCCAACAGCUUGACAAGUCUCAUGACGAUCUCGUUAAGUCCUCAGUCCUUGGACACGUUUGACCCCCUCCCGGCAGUCACCUUGUGGUGGGAGGGUGGCAGAAGGAGACCUAACACCACCCCCUAUGGGCCUAGAAGAUGCCAAAACAGAGAUGUUUCAAGCUCUGAGUCUGAAGAGGAGCAGUAA